CUUCAGCUUUUUCGAUGUGUGCUCCGUAUAGUAUCAGCUAUUCGCAGAGUCCCGCCAAGUGAUCAGCAAGUCAGCCUGCAUUGUGGAACUGUCCGCAUAUCCACAUCUGACAGAGAAGGAGCGCCAGAACCUAGAGUGUAAGACAAGAUGGACAUCGAACAAUUUCGCAACGCAGGGUAUGCAGUCGUAGAUCAAAUAUGCGAAUACUACAAGAACCUCGAACAGCGACCGGUCUGGGCCCCGGUCAAGCCCGGAUUUUUGGGAAAGUCUAUCCCAGAUUCGGCACCGGAAGAGGGAGAAGCCUGGACUGUCAUCUUCAGAGACUGGGAGAAGGUGAUCAUGCCGGGCAUCACACACUGGCAGCAUCCCAAUUUUUACGCGUACUUCCCAUCCAACGCAACCAAGGAGGGUAUUCUCGCCGACAUGCUCGCCGCUAGCAUCUCCAACCCAGGCUUCAACUGGUCGUGUUCACCAAGCGUCACCGAGCUGGAGAUUCUCAUGAUGGACUGGGUUGCAAAGAUGCUCGGUCUCUCUGACCACUUUUUGAGCACUGGCCCUUCUGGAAAAGGAGGUGGCGUCAUUCUCGGUAGCGCGAGCGAAGUCGCUCUAACCAUCGCCAUCGCCGCGAGGGAGAGGGCCAUCAGCCAUCUGGCCAAAUCAUCUCCCUCGCCUCAAGAAGCACAGCCAGAGCACGUCGAACCGUCAGCUGAGCCUGAGGUAGAAGAUUUUAACGUAGAGCCCGGUGCUCCCAGCGGCCCGAAUGAAGAGCGCAAGCGAGCAGCGUCGCUUGCGCGUUGGAGGGGGAACCUUACCUCACGUCUCGUCAUGUACGGCACCACGCAGACGCACUCCAUCGGUAUGAAGGCUGCCUUGAUCCUCGGAUUAGACUUUCGAGCACUGGACGUCCAGAAAGAAGACAAUUUUGCGCUGCGGGGCGCCACGCUACGCAGAGCUCUCAAAGAGGAUAUCGCAUCCGGUCGUUUGCCUUUUAUGCUGAUUGCUACCCUGGGUACAACAAGCUCCGGCGCCAUCGAUAACAUAACAGAGAUCAUGCAAGUCGCCCUGGAUUAUCCAUCCCUCUGGGUACACGUCGAUGCCGCGUACGCUGGCGUAGCGUUAGCUUUACCCCACUUGCGAGAGCGUGCACACCUCGACGCUAUCAAUUCGCCCUGCGACUCCUUCUCCACGAACUAUCACAAGUGGGGCUUGACCCAAUUCGACUGUUCGCCUCUGCUCGUGCGAGAUCAUAGCGAGCUCACUCGAGCAUUGACGGUCACACCCGAAUUUCUUCGCACGAAAGAAGGCGAUGCAGGUUCGGUAGUGGACCUGCGAAAUAUGCAGAUUUCGCUCGGGCGACGCUUCCGAUCGCUGAAGCUGUGGUUCGUCUUGCGAAGCUUCGGGCUGAAUGGCUUCCGACAGCACAUCUCCACAACCAUGGCAUUAGCCCAGCACUUUGCGAGCCUUGUCGGGCAGCACGGAGAUCUUCUCGAGGUUGUAGCCCCGCCACAGUGGUCUCUCGUAGUUUUCCGCGCCCGCCGAGCUGAACUGUCGGACCAAGAGCUGGAUACGCUGAAUCGAAAAUUCUGGGAUGCCCUUUCGUCCCGCGCAACCGAAUUCGCCUUGACGCAGACCGUCCUACCUGAAAUUGGCUUCUGCAUUCGCAUGGCUGUCGGAAGCCCGCAGACAGAGCAACGGCAUGUGGACGCGACGUUCGCGCUUAUCAAACAAUGUGCUGAGCAAGUAUUAUCACCGUAGACCCGAAGAAAAUAUCGUGAAUCCUUCAUCUAGAUGUACUACUUUUGUGACUGGUCAUCAAAAGU